AUGCCGUUCGGCCUUUCAUUGUUUCGUUUUAUUGUGGCGUAUGCCGAAUCGACCCUAACUUCUCUUCUCCUAUGUGUUUUUUUGUUUUGUAGUGGCAGGAGGGAGAGCAAUGUCGGAUGCGGCGAGGAGGAGGCUGGAGUCGCAGGCCCCUCAGAAAAAGAAAACCAGUUCGUCGAGGCCGAAGACGAAGCAGCCUCGUCAGACCGAGGGGGCGUCGACCCAGAGGUGACGCCGGCCAAUCGGCGACGAGAGAAAAGGGCGACGGAGGCGGAGCUGAUUCGUGAGGCCCACCUGCAGGCUACGGGGAAGAGGGUGAUCGAGGGCGCCCUCGACGUGACCCCACUUCCGAAGAGGCCAAGGGGGCUGAACGAGGAGGCGGCCGUCGUUGUGCCUGACGACGAUGAGGAUGUCGAGGCUGAACCGGUGAACAUUGCCUGCCCUCGGAAGGUGGUGUCGUUCGUGAACUGCUUCAUCGAGGGCACUCAGAUGGAGCUGCCGGAGCUGGAGCAGCUGCUGAUGAAGUCGUUGCGCGAACAGACCGGUCGAGCCUUUCACCUCCAGGCUGCUGCUAACAUGGAGAUGUGGCUCGGCAUAAAGCAGGCUGUCAACACGGCCGAGCGCGAUGCGGAUCGGCAUGCGGAUGAGAACGCCGUGAAGAUUGCCAAGCUAUCCUCCAGACUAGCAGAGGCUAAGAGGGCGGCUGUAGGGGUCGAGGAGGCGAGGGCGGCGGCGGAGGCGGCAAAGGAGGCCGAGCUUCGGUCCCGGGCGAGGGAGGUGGAAGAGGCCAAGAAAUAG